CACAGUCACUGUUUGCACUUUGUCGAGUAAAGAUAGUUUUUUACGCUUUCGAGAACACCGUAAACGCGUGCUAUGAAGUGUGUUGGAGUCUUUGGAUCGCUGUUGUUGGUGGUGUUUGUGGCAUCAUUGGGGAGCGCAAAGGCCGAUUGCGAAUAUGGUGGCCAGCUGGCGAAGAGCGGCGCGGAGUUUCAAAUAAAAGGCGAAUGCAAUUUGUACAAAUGCCACGAAGAUGGCAGCAUAACUGCCAAGACCUGUCCCUAUGUAGUUGCUCCUAAUUAUUGCAAAAAGAUUCCACAAGACGACUCGAAGCCCUACCCCGCCUGUUGUGAAACAUUCGAUUGCUGAGCUUGUUCAAUGAGGAUAUUUUACUUUUUAUUUAAAU